GGGCUGGGCCACGGAUGCCCUUUUAUAGCGACGCAUCCAUCGUACAGGAGGGGCAUGCACCAGACAGCUUCGGUGGGUUCUACCACAGUUGGGGCUCUUCCAGCUGAUCGGCUGCUAGAGGACGAGUUCCGUACGGUAUGCUUAAAUACUUCAUGUUGUCCGACAUGUUUGGACCCAUUUCACUUCGAGCAGCAAGCCUCGUGGUUGCAGCUGGACGCCUGAUUUCUAAAAGAUAUCUAAAUACCUCGAACGCCCCACGAUAGUCUGCCAUACAGAAACUCAUAUAACAGCCUGCGUUCACUCUUCUCCGCAAGUGUCUAUACAGAUCCAUCCAGCUACUUGCAAAGCAUACUCAGCCCACCAUGCAGCGCAGCGGCAACUACCACUACCCUUACCCGCCAACGGGCUCGCGAUACUCGUCGAGUCAUGGCACAAGUAGCGCUUUCAGCGCCAAUGCCAACCCAAAUGAAGACUGGACAAAGAUCUCCGAUCUAGCAGAGAGACGUCGGAUCCAGAAUCGCAUUGCUCAGCGUAACUAUCGCAAGAAGCUAAAGCGCCGUCUCGAGGAUCUCGAGAGAAGAGCUGCCUCAGCCUCAGCUUCUCCCGAACAGUCACACGAGGAGCUUGACCAGAGCAAGACAGAGCAGACAGAAGCUUCGCGGCCUCAGGAUAACCGCGCUCAUGUGCAGUCUCACGGAGAAGCCAACUGGAGCAGCACGCAUGGUCAGCACGACGAUAACUACUACUCUCAUGAAGAGCGGUCUUCUCUGUUCACUCAGAGAUGUACGCGACAGUUGUCGACGUCUCCGCCUCCGGUCCUCUCAUACCCUCCCUACCCGUAUCCGGAAACAUACGGGCAAGCGACAUACCCUCAGCAGUCCGUCUACCAUUCGAUGCCUGGUCCGUACGGAGAUAUCUCCAUGCAUGGCCAAUACCUCGAGCCUCUGCCUUCGACUCUUCCUGCAAUGGCGCCUGCGACUCCUCCCGCAAAACGGCGCCCAGCCUUUGCAGAGGACGACGUGCUUAGCCCAUUCAGCGUGAGUUAUGCCACAAUGGCAGGUAUUGAUCUUCCUGCAUCCUCAUCUCCCUCUCAGGAAGCAACCGUUCAUACGCCGCCCCUGACGUACUCGUUCGCCUACGAUCUCUCAGGAUCAGCGUCUCCCGAAGGAUCAAUGAACUACCCAGUGACUCCGGGUUCUGUUCCUUGCUCGCCACCACAUCUGUCACUUAUUUGACUUGCUUCUUUAUUAUCUGUAUUUCAAAUUUAUCUUCGAUGACCAGUCAUUGGAGGGUUUUGUAUAUGAUCAUUAUAUUUACAGCGUGAGAUGAUAUCAUUUCUCUUUGCACUCUCACUCGUUCAUAGGGACGCGGAAUGGAUUGCAUAUGGUGGGCGUUGCUUGAUUCUGUUUUAGAUAUUGUAUACUUUUAUCGGUUUUGGUUCGGUGGUGAAGCAGCCGCAUGC